GAUGUGUUUUCUUAGUAAUGACGCAAUGCCUAUGAGAUGGAUUCUGCUCCUGAUAAUCGCGCAUUAUGUAACGGGCAACAAUGAAAAGAAAUCUUCGAAAAAUGAGGAAGAGGAUUUAACUCCGCAUUUUUUCACACGUGAAGGAGUCGUUGUGGCUGGAAAUUUUUCUCGAUUCGAAUUGAAGUCUCCGAAACCUAUGCGAAUAGUACUGGAUAGUGUACAAGGCGAUGCUGAUUUAUACUUUUCCUAUUCGGACCAAGGGGUGUCUUACGAACUGGAUCGCCACGACGCAUCCUCGGCUACCUGUGGGAUAGAUUAUAUUGAUAUCAAUUCCAGUCCUCGUCCCUCAUACUUGGGAAUAUAUGGCCAUCCUUCGAAAAACGAAUCAGUUUAUCAUCUUUUAAUCAUGGUGGUUCCAGAUGGAAAUUUCGAACAUGGUCCUGAAGUGAUACGACGAUGGUCGGAACUUGUGCAUCAAGAUUCCGAAGGUGGAAGCGGAUCCAUCUAUAUCGACAUACUUUCCGGCAUUUUAGAGAUUCUCGUUGAGGCGGUGGAGCGCCGUUUGCUUUUCACACAUUCGAAAUUGCUAUCCCUCAGGAUACGAUUCUUCCAAACUUUUAGAGGUUUUGAAAUGGCGACUGAGCUGGCUCAGCCAGCAUCAGUAUCCUCAAUACAGCUGCAGUCUUUUGAAAAAGGCUUACGCUCGCCAUCGCUUGGUGAGCAGCUGUCUACAGUUGUAUCAACCGCAAGCGUUGUUCGAGCAAAUCCCUUUCCUAUGUACGUUAACACAAUCGUUGUCAGACUUGCAGAUGCUUUCAAGGAUGGAACUAAUAUGUUACGGCUGGCUAUUGCGCGAGCUUUGUUAGAAUGUGGAACACAUUUGUCGCUAGUUUUCUCCGGAAGUGAAAUUUUCAAAAGAGUUCUAUCUGUUUCGCACUCGAACGAUCCAGUGGCGCGUGCUAUGACUCUUCAGGUGCUUGCAAGUUUAGCUCCAAUUGCUCCGGAGAACAAACAAGCACAUCAUCUCAUCGUCGAAUCUAUGUCAGCUGAGAAUGCAGAUGAAUUCCAAGCUGCAUGUCAUGCUAUGGCGGCAUUCACCCAUCUUUCUUCCGAAUUUUCGGCGACUAUCAUUGGGCAAUUAUCAGAGCUGCUGCUGGCUGAAGAGACCAGUAGUGAUCGUAAAGUUGAGCUUGUACAAGUUUUUGCCGAUAUGAAAGCGACCGUGGACACUAUAAAGGAAGUGAUAUCACUUACAACUCGCCUUCUGGAAACCUCAACAUUCAACGAGUUGAUCUGCACACUUCUCUGCGCUACCACAACUCUAGCCGAGAACACUCGUUAUGCUAUACCACAGCAGCUGGACAUUCUGAUGGAAGUUGUAACCGGCUGUCAUGGUGAUAUACUGUCAGUAUGUCUGUCCACAUUGCAUAAUAUUGCCAGAUUGGCUAAGCAUUCGCAUGUUUGGAAAGAAGAUCAUUUAAAGAAACUUCAUCAGUUGAAGACGAGAGUUUCAUCUACAGAAAGCUCUUAUAUUCGAUACCUUGAUAUCCUGGUUGAGUUGACGAAGAAAGCACGUCCGGGUUUGAUUACCGGACUAGAUGAAACCCUCAGCGAGAUUGGUAACCUGGGGCAGAGUGAGUGCCUACCGAUGCGAGUCCGUUAUCUACGGAUUAGCUGCAACAUGCUCAUGCGAGUGCCUAAUGAAAGAAAGUGGCAAUCACUAAGUGGGCCAUUUGUAAGUACCACCAACUAUGAGCUGCCAGCUAAAUUAGCCAAAGUGUUCUAUCGCACUCUUGGAAGGUUCUUAUGCUGCAGUGAAGUCGAGCCUGAGCGAGUGCUUGCUGUGUUGGACAGUAUCCUGUGUAAGCCCGUCACCCAUGCUAAUAUAACCCAACUGAUUGAACUUUGCUGUCAUCUCGUCAAUCGCUUGCCUUUCGUUGUGGAGAAACUGCAUAAUUGGGCGAAAGACCUGAUGUCGAAGGAGAGCCAUCUUCUGUACCCACCUUUGGCUUAUCUACUUUUGGCACCUUCGAUACAGCUACCAAGAGAUACAGAUACACUGGCAAAGGGAACGGACUUCGAUCGCUAUGUGAUAGCGCGGGUAGCUUUCCGAAAUGGACAUUGGAAGAGUGCUGCACUGCCAAAUCUCAAAGCAAUAAACAUCAAUAGACUCUCACUAGAAAGCUGUGAAUGGAUUCAAGCCUUACAAGAGUUGGCAGCUAGCCAACUCAGUGAAUUUUCCGUUCCUGCUUUGUAUGAACAGAACCAGCAUCUUUCCAAAGCACAUGCCCUUCUGAAGCCAAUGGCUCAAAGCACACAGCACGAGACUGCAUUUGCAUUUCCAAGUGAGUGGGUGGCUUGUUUACUGUACUCAUCCGAUGCAGCUAUACAAAUUGCUAGCUGCAUAAGUCCUACUCUGAGCUGGUGCAAGCAUCCUUUGUCAGAAGCAGUGGUUUUUCGAGUGAAAAGAGCAUUGGUGGCAUGCGACUACGCAAUUACGAGAGCUUGUCAAGAAUGGCUGCACUUAGCUAGAUCCUCCUUUGGCGCGGACGAGGAGUCCAUUGACUUUUUGGAUCUACAGCAUAAACAGUGUGCUUUGGUACAAUAUGCUCUGAAUUGCAUUACAGAGCGGAUUGCGACUAAGCCUCCACUACCAUCUACAUCGAGCAACACAACUGUAAUCCAGUUAUUUUUGGAAGAACUUAGGCUUGCGUCAAGUCAGAUAGAUCAGUUAGCUGCACAGGAUGAGGCCAUUACCAUGCAGUCCCUGAAACACUUCGCUGAAGUACUUCAUAACCUUUACACCUACCCGCUUUGCAUGCCAAGAUUUUUCUUCCAACAGAUGUACGCUACAAAUAUCCAGAUGUCGGUAUCGAUCCAUUCGCAAAUCAAAGAUGGGAUUACGGUAUCGGUAACUGAUACGGUACCCAUACAAGUGGAUGGUGUGAUUUCAACAACGCAUCCAGCACCUGUGCAUUCUCUCAUAAUCACGGCGAAUAUGCAGUUUCCAACAGUUCCAGCGAACAACUACAGCGAAACGCGGACAGUCAAACCUACUCAGAACAUUCAUUUCACUGCGAAUUUUUUGAUGCAAUUCAAGCAGUCAUGCAACAUCGAAUUUACCGUCGAAUUUAUUGAUGGAGAGCAGGGUAAGAAAUGGGUAGCAGACACAACGGCAUCCUUGAAGGUAGAUGUAAAGGAAUAGUAGUCCUACAUUUUUUUGUCAAGUUUUUUUGUUGUGCUUGUUUGUUUUGAUGAUCUCAGUGAGGGGAAGAGGAGAUGAAUCACACUACGGUGUAC